GCCAUGGCCGCUUCCAUCGCGCUGAUACAAGGAGCGAGCAGAGGACUCGGACUUGAGUUCUGCAGACACAUCCUGAGGAGCAGGACACCCGCCGCUGUUAUAGCGACGUGUCGAGACCCGGACGGCGCGGCCGGGCUGCUCGACUUGGCCGCCCGACACGCCGGACGGCUGAUGGUCCUCAAACUGGACGUGAACAGAGAGGAGGAGGUUCGGGGAGCGGCAGCGCAGGUGAAGGAGAAAUUCGGCAAAGUGGAUCUGAUGAUCAACUCCUCUGCCAUGCUUCACCCCUCCGGCAAGGGGGAGACCAGCCUGAGAGACGUCUCUGCGGAGGGUUUAAUUUCCACCUUCACCACCAACACCGUGGGGCCCCUAGUGAUGGCCAAGUACUUUGCCCCCCUCCUUCAGCAAGGUGGGGGGGCGUUUGGCCAGCAGCCCCCAGAGAAAGCCAAGCAGCACAGUGGGGUUAUUGUCAGCAUUACAGCUAAGGUGGGCUCCAUCGGAGACAAUGCUCUUGGUGGUUGGUACAGUUACAGAAUGUCCAAAGCAGCUCUCAACAUGGCCACCAGGAACCUGUCUAUUGAACUGGGACGCAGUCGGCCCAAGGUGGUGUGUGUGUCCCUACACCCGGGCACGGUGAAUACUGACCUCUCCCGCCCCUACCACAAGAAUGUGCCAAAGGACAAGCUCUUUAGUACUGAACACUCAGUCACCUGUCUGAUGAGGAUCAUAGACACACUCAACAUGGACAAGACCGGCAAAGCUUACAACUGGGAUGGGACUGAAUUGCCUUGGUAGAAUUAAUAGACAAAUCAACAAAUGGAUGAAUUCCCAGUGGAGACACAGACUCAGCGAAUGGACAUUUAAACACACACAAAUGACAUUUACAUGUUAUUACCUCCAUUGGUUGUAAGUAGAUGGACAGUCGGACAGAUCUGCCACCUCAUCAACUAAGCUCAAAUAAUUUUGAAUAUCUGCUGCUUCUCUAUAAAGCCAUUUUAACAUUGGCAGAAGAUGUAAUGCCUUCAUCUAUCUCUGUCAAUUUGCAACAAUCAGCAGGAAAUGCUCCCUUUUUAUUUGUUACAGGAUUGCUUUUUGUAAACAAUAGUUUGAGGGUUUUUUUCCCCCUACAACAUCUGUGGAAGAAGAUGUAGUUUACCUGGGAGAGUUAAAUGUUUGGGAAUCUAUCAAUGCAAGAACUGAAACCCUGAAACAGGCUUCUCAACAUAGCAUAUCUGGUGAACAAGCGGACACCAUUUUCUAGGUCUGUUCCCUUCUGUUUCUAAUUAUCAGGGAUGGUUCUCAGGAGGCAUCUUUCUUUAAAUGUUCUUUGCCUACCAGAUAAGAUGUUUUUGUCUUUGGGAAUAACUUGCUAAAGGAAUCCAAAAUUAGACCUUUUUAAACUGUUUUUUUCCACCCAGAGAAGGCUUUGUGAACACCAUUGAAUUUUUCAGCUAAACCUCCUCCAGGUUUAGACUUCUUCACAGGGGAAUUGCCUUUUUGGACCACAGUCUCCUACUGCUGACCCUGAUCAGCUCCAUGAGAGUAGCUGAAUGUUAAAUGUCUUGCUCAGAAAACACUGAAGUAUUUUGAAGAAGAGAGAAUGAGGUUGUUAUUUCUCAAUCCAGACUUUGGAGAACAGGGAGUAGAACCGGCAACCUUCUGGUCACAACCUUGUUUCUCUGGCAACUGUUGUUCUUUCUGAAUUUGCAGUGUGGUGUGAUAUAAAAAUUAAUUUAUCUGUGGAUAAUGUUAAAACUCUUUUUAUUAAGUGGAGAAUAUUGAUUACCGCCUUAUCAACUGCCUUAAUUAUCAGUUUCUCACAGUUUGGUGAUCAAAAAUCACCGACUUCCUCAUGGAAACGCUGAAUCAAUAAGUUGUCUGAGACUGUCGUCACAAAUGUUUGUCCUUUCAAAAACCAGCUGUGUUUAGGAGGGAAUGACUGUGCAUGAUUUAUUAGAGAGAAGUCUUACAAAUAGAUUGGUGUCACACGAAUGACUUCUUUGACAAACCAGUUUGUUUUUAUUUUUGCAGGGAUCAAUAAAUGUAUUCGACGGAUCCCCUAUUGUUAUCUGUCCAAGAUGUCUUGGUAAACUCCAUAGCCUAUAAUAAAUAAAUAAUGC